AUGGGAUUUCAACGGGUGCACGGUGGCUUUGAGAGGAAGACUUAUUUCGAUGGUUCAACAAAGGAAUUGUUGAAUGCAUUUAAUUACAAGUUACAUGGACUAGCUACAAAGUUCAAUUUCAUGGACUUUGGUGUGGACAAAGAUCUCCAAAACCUGAAAUCCAUUGCUCUGAUCAAGCGCCAAGGCAUCGAUUUUUCCAUAAACAAGCUAAUGGGAAUAAGUUCCGCAGACUAUGCCUUCUUGUUUAUGGCUUCUCGACUUUCAAUAGCAACGAGAUGGCUGGGAAGAAAUCGGACAUGGAUAACUUUUCACAGCACGUAUGAUUUCGGAUUCUUGGUAAAAAUUUUGUCCCAACAGAAUUUGCUUGAUCAUCUAGCGCAAUUCAUGCAAUUGUUCAUAAACUACAAAUAUGGCUCGGAUGAUCAGAAUACAAUAAGUUUGGUAGUACAAUUUGGAACAAGAAUUCAGUCUGAUUUAUCGAAUUCUUCCCUACUUUCCACAGGCUCCUAUGAAUAUUGA